AUGUCUGAGGGAACCCCCACUGGCAAGGCUAACGCCUGGACCGAAGAGGCCAAGAACGAGUUUCUUCUUCGAAUCAUCAUGCAGCUGAAGCCCGAGGGCAAGAGCAUCAACUGGUCCGAGGUCCAGAUGCCCGGCCGCACCGUCAAGUCCCUCCAGAACCAGUGGACUGCUGUCAACAAGAGAAUCGACGCUCUCAAGCAGCAGCAGCAGGAUGGUGAUGCUGCCGCAGUUCCUGUCAAGAAGGCUACUCCCCACAAGCGCAAGGCCAACAAGAAGGUCGAGUCCGAGGACGAUGAUGAUGGUACCUAUGGCGCCAAGAAGUCCAACUCUCGCAAGCGAAGCAACACCGAGACUCCUGAGCGUGCCGCCAAGGCUAUCAAGGCCGAGGCUGCCGAGCUUGAGGACUUCCAGGUCAAGGAGGAGGCCGGCUUCAACGCCGACUCUGAGCAUGGCCAGGUCUAG